UUCAGGUCAUCUGAUCAGGAAGUAAACAAUGUUUGUUUGGCGCUAAACGUUCUUCCUUGUUGUUUCUCUGAAACUUUCCUCAGCUUUUGGAAAUAUGGCCAGCUUCCAUCAGAAAAUAAAAACAAGCGUACCGGAAGAAACCAAGAGCAGUCUGACUGAAAAAGAUUUGCAAAAGUGGGGUUUGCAAGGGAUUCAGUUGCGAGCCUAUCAGCUGGACGGAGUGCAGUGGCUCACCCAGUGCCUGGCCAACCAGCAGGGAUGUAUCCUAGGAGAUGAGAUGGGCCUGGGCAAGACCUGCCAGACCAUCUCUCUGCUAUUGUACAUGAGAGGGGCCCUGCGGCAGGAUGGGCCGUUCCUGGUCCUCAGCCCACUGUCUGUCAUGGACAACUGGAGGAGCGAGAUGGAAUGCUUAUCCCCCUGUCUCAAGGUGCUGUGUUACUAUGGAGACAAAGACAAGAGAGCAGAACUACAGAGGGACAUGAACAACACACACUACCAUGUUCUACUAACUACAUAUGAGCUCUGUAUCAAAGAUGCCUCAUUCCUGAAAAGGAGGAAGUGGAAAGUCUUGGUAGUUGAUGAGGCUCACAGACUGAAGAACCAUAACUCCCUGUUGCACAAAAUCCUGAUGGAGUUCUCUCUGGAUUUCAGAGUGCUGCUGACAGGAACUCCUAUCCAGAACAACCUGACGGAGCUCUACAGCCUCCUAUCGUUCAUCCAGCCCAGUCUCUUCCCCACAGACCAGACCGAGGACUUCACUAGCACUUACAACCAGGUCCAGACACAACCGACUCUGGCCAGUGAUCUCCAGAGAGUGCUGCAGCCCUUCCUGCUGAGGAGGGUGAAGGCUGAGGUAGCAGCUGACCUCCCCAUGAAGACAGAGAUACUGAUGUACCACGGCCUGUCUGCCCUGCAGAAGAGAUAUUAUAAGGCUAUACUCAUGAAGGACCCGUAUGCCUUUGGGAAUGAGCAGGGAAACAAGACCAGACUGCUUAAUAUACUGAUGCAGCUCCGGAAGUGUGUGGACCACCCCUACCUGUUUGAUGGUGUGGAACCAGAGCCGUUUGAGAUGGGGGAGCAUCUGAUCCAGGCUAGUGGAAAACUCUGUCUGCUGGACAGCAUGCUGGCAUACCUGCACCAAGGGGGACAUCACAUCUUGCUGUUCUCCCAGAUGACCAGGAUGCUGGACAUUCUCCAGGACUACAUGGAAUACAGAGGUUACAGAUAUGAGCGUCUGGAUGGAUCAGUCAGGGGGGAAGAGCGUAACCUGGCCAUCAAGAACUUCAGCAGCAAAGACGUCUUUGUCUUUCUACUCAGCACUAAAGCAGGAGGCGUUGGGAUGAACCUAACAGCAGCUGAUACUGUGAUCUUCAUUGACUCUGACUUCAACCCCCAGAAUGACCUGCAGGCUGCCGCUCGCUGCCACCGGAUUGGUCAGACCAGGGCUGUGAAGGUGAUCCGGCUCCUGGGGAGGGAUACGGUAGAGGAGAUUGUGUACUCCCGGGCAAGUUCUAAGCUCAGCCUUACCAACACAGUGAUAGAAGAGGGGCGUUUUUCUCUGCUUAACCACAACCACUCUGCUGCUGCUGGUCUGCAGCUCAGCGAGAUCCUGAAGUUUGGAGUGGACAAGCUGUUGUCGUCAGAAGAGAGCUCCAUCCAGGCUGUGAACAUGGGUCUGAUCCUGGGUCAGUCUAGAGACGGGGAGUGGCUGACUGACGAAGCCCCCACCCAGACCAAGGACCUGCCCACAGAGGAGGAAGAGGAGGGAGAAUCUGAGGGACAGAACCACAUGUACUACUUUGAAGGGAGGGAUUACUCCCGGGAGGUGAGCUCUGAGGACCAGAGGACCUUCAGUCGUCUCCUGGAGGAAGAGGCAGGAGGAGGAGAGAGACGAGCGACACGACACAACGAUGAAGUGUGUCUGUCCGGGCCCCUGUUGGCCCCCAUGAGGAAGAGGAAGGCCUUGACUGAGACUGACCUGAAAGAGAGGGAGGAGGCUGCAGCUAAGAGGGCCAGAGUACAGGAGGACAAGAGGAGGAGACUACAGGAGAACAAACACAGGAAGAAGAUGGCAUGGUGGGAGUCCAGUGGGUACAGGUCCCUGUGUUUACCCUCUGUGGAGAGCGAGGAGGAGGAGGAGGCUGAUGACCUCAGUGUGACCUCUACAGAUUCAGAACACUCUGCUAUUAGUUACGUGUUGGGCGAUGUCACACACCCCUACGCCAACCAGGAAGAUGCCAUCAUAGUGCACUGUGUUGAUGACUCUGGCCGGUGGGGUAGAGGUGGUCUCUUCACAGCAUUGGAGAACAGGUCAGAUGCACCAUGUAAACAAUAUGAGCUGGCUGGAAAGAUGAAAGACUUGGAGCUGGGAUCUGUGUUGCUGUUUCCUGUUGAUGAUAAACAGUCCAGACUGGAUGGCCAAGACCAGGUGGCCCUGAUAGUGGCCCAGCAGAGAGCCAGAGACAACAGCCUGUCAGGGAUCCAUCUCUCUGCUCUGGAAGAAGGACUCCAGAAAAUCUACAGGGUCGCCAAGACUAACAAGGCUAGCGUCCACCUCCCCCGUAUCGGCCACUCCACCAGAGGGUUUAACUGGUAUGGAACAGAGAGACUCAUCAGAAAACACCUGGCCUCCAGAGGGGUACACACCUCCAUAUACUACUACAGCAGGUCUGUCUCUACCUCUGCUUUAGGUACAUCCACAACACCCUCCACAGCAUCAGCCUCAACCUCCAAGGCCUCAGCCUCUAGCUCCAAGAUCUCAGCAGCAUCCCCCUCCCCAUCCUCCGUCUCCCCCUCCCCAACCUCCGUCUCAGUCUCCCCCUCUCCUCCACACUCCCCCCCAGUGCCACAUUAUCCUGGCCCUGACUCAGACAGGGAGAGUGAGGAAAGAGAGACAGCCAAUCAGAGCAGCAGGACCCCCAGCCCCUCUGGACCUGCUCUGCCUGACUUCAUGAGAGGAGUUCAUGUGUUCUUCUACAACCUGACAGCCUCAGACAGGAAGAGACUGGCCCGCUACCUCAUCACAUAUGAAGGAGAUGAGGAGGAGAUCAUGAGUUCAGAGGUCACACACAUUGUAACAGAGCUGGAGAGUCCUGUCCAAUCACAGGAGCUCCAGGAGCUGAUUGGUCAGCACCCUCAUGCACUUCCUGUUCAGAAGACCUGGCUGGAGGCCUGCUUCUCUAGACAGAGACAAGUCAACACCACCAAGUUCCUGCACUGCUUUAAAUGAUGCAUCUCUUCAGUACUAUAACACGCAGGUGAUGUGAGCCUGCAGGAGCCACGGAUCAAUUCCUUUUGCAGCACUCCCUUUCUCCCGCAACAAUACAACUUUAAUACACUCAACUGAUUACACUGAAGUAGAGAACAUUCCUUUACUCUGCUUUUUAUUUGUAUACAUGUUAAUCAGUUAUUUUAACUUGAAAUGUAUUUUGGUAGUUGCAGGCAGCCUAGUAGUUACAGCGUUGGGCCAGUAACUGAAAGGUUGCUGGAUCGAAUCCCCGAGCUGACAAGGUAAACAUCUGUCAUUCUGCCCCUUAGCUAGGCAGUUAACCCACUGUUCCCCGAGCGCUGAAGACAUGGGUGUCGAUUAAGGAAGCCUCCCCCCGCACCUCUCUGAUUCAGAGAGGUUGGGUUAAAUGUGGAAGACACAUUUCAGUUGAAUGCAUUCAGUUGUACAACUGACUAGGUAUCUCCCUUUCCUUAUCAUUAGGUGUUCUCUAUAUCAGUGGUUCCCAACAUUUUUCAGAUACUGUCCCUGAGGUACCCCCAUGGCUGGGAACCAAUGCUGUAUAUCUGACCAGGUACCACUCUAAAGUGAUAUGUUAUGGAACAGAGAGGUGGGGCUUAUAGAAAAGGGGCGUGGCAUGAUGCUCCAGCUGUAGAGGUCAAUGAGGUAUAAAAGAACUGGGAACUGCUUCCAAGAUGGACAUCGGUUGUUUUUAAUGUAAUCUGCUCACGUUGGCAUAUGCUGUUUUGUGGUCACUCCCAUCUGCUUGACAGAGCCGGUAAUGCCUGAUCACUAGCGCUGUGUGCACUGGCGCUAGCAGCAAUGACGGCAUCCAGAAGCAUUGCAGACAUUGAAUGAUUAUUAAAUGUUCAGCUGUCAGUGAUGGGAAACAAUUUGUUCCCAGACAAUUA